AAGGUGCUUCCCUCAUCUCGAGGUCACCUGGCCUAAGUGUAACAAACUGUUAAUUUACAUAUCUCUUCUGAUUGGUCAGGGAUUAAUACCGAAUAUAUGUUUCGGACAAACAAACCUGUGUCUUUCUUUAGAUCAUUUUAUGCGUCAAGAUUUCUGCAUUUCUGCGGAUUAAUAACGUGAUUUAUUUCCUCAAAGUGGAUAGUAUAUAAACGAGGCUCAGAGAGGUUAGAGAUACCGUCAGUGAUCUGUGACUUGCUCAUCUACUUCUUGGCAACCUCAAUUCCCGGACUGAUUAAAGCCAUGAUGAUUCUUCAAGUUAUUCUGUGGAUGACAAUCAGUGUCAUUCUUUCGUGUUCGUCAAAGCCCGUGGGGCUGAGGAUGACGUCAAGAGGGUCUCGCACGGUGGGUUCAACACUGACGAUUGAUUGCUUGGUGAGAGCGCCCUCUACCGCUACAAUAACGUUAUCAAAGAACUCCAGGACUUUGCAAAACACUGACCGAGUGUCGCUGACACAGAUGGAAGGUACAAAUGGUGGCGUUCAUUAUCUCAUCACGAUUACCUCCCUUGUCCCGUCUGACUCCGGCCUGUACACUUGUGAAGUUCGCAAUGGUGGAUCAGUGAGCAGAUCCUCGACGGGAAUCUCUAUAAGAGGUUCGUCACAGUCUGUGGGCUGAGGAUGACGUCAAGAGGGCCUCGCACGGUGGGUUCAACACUGACGAUUGAUUGCUUGGUGAGAGCGCCCUCUACCGCUACAAUAACGUUAUCAAAGAACUCCAGGACUUUGCAAAACACUGAGCGAGUGUCGCUGACACAGAUGGAAGGUACAAAUGGUGGCGUCCAUUAUCUCAUCACGAUUACCUCCCUUGUCCCGUCCGACUCCGGCCUGUACACUUGUGAAGGUUCGAAUGGUGGAUCAGUGAGCAGAUCCUCGACGGGAAUCUCUAUAAGAGGUUCGUCACAGUCUGUGGGGCUGAGGAUGACGUCAAGAGGCCCUCGAACGGUGGGUUCAACACUGACGAUUGAUUGCUUGGUGAGAGCGCCCUCUACCGCUACAAUUACGUUAUCAAAGAACUCCAGGACUUUGCAAAACACUGACCGAGUGUCGCUGACACAGAUGGAAGGUACAAAUGGUGGCGUUCAUUAUCUCAUCACGAUUACCUCCCUUGUCCCGUCCGACUCCGGCCUGUACACUUGUGAAGUUCGAAAUGGUGGAUCAGUGAGCAGAUCCUCGACGGGAAUCUCUAUAGGAGGUGGCAGGGUCUUGAGUUCGUCCAGCUCGUCAUGGUCUUCCUCUUUUCGGCGGAGACUGCGGGAUAUGCUUAGAAACAGAUUCCGAGGUCUUUUCCCAUAAGAUAUAGAGUUCUUACCGUGUUAACUGACAAAAUCGAUAUGCAUUUUAUACCAAGGGUUUUAUACCUCAGCGAUUUACUGUAGAACAACCUCGAGAUUAUAAUGAUUAAGCCUGAAUCUGCUUACAAUUUAGUUUAAGGUUUUGCUGAAGCCUCUUCAUGAAAUUUUGGAACGAGAUUUAGAGAUACAUUAGAUUAGAACAUUUUAUUUUCACACAUCAUUCAGUAAGAGCUACAAUUCCAUUUCGAAUCCUGCGUAGAAUUGAGAUAAUUCUGGUCUAAGCCAAUUAGCUUGACUGAUUUAUGCCAUGCAGCAAACGAACUGUGUUGAUUAGUUGAUAUAUCAUGCUCUCUAUUAAA